AUGGUCCGUGUGGCAUUUUUCAUGUAUGACAUUUUGGUACUGCCAGCACCGCUUCUGAUGAGCAGCAGCAGUGGCUCACACGAUGGCACUGACCACGACUACGUCCUUCUUUCAAGCGAUGAGUCGAAAAUGGACAUCGUUUUUGUUGACCAUGGUGGUAGGCAGACUGUUUCUCGAAGUCUUGCUCUGCAGAAGAUGGAUUUUAAGUUUUUCCGUUUACCCUUUCAGGUGGUGCGCUGCCGCCUUGCCGAUUUGGAGGAUCUUGAGGAUGACGAGGAGGUGAACGAACUGGUGCAUAAACUUCUGUAUGGCAGGUCACUCGUUGCCAUAGUUAAGGACAGGAAACCUGAUGUCACUGCCACGUUCUACGAUAAAGCUACUGGGGAUGUCAGUCUCAAUGCCCUGUUGGUGAAAAGUCUUCCGGCCAUAAGACUGCCAGAACCUGAACAAAUGACAUCUGUGCGGCUCAGUCACAUUGACCAGGAAGGGAACCUCUAUGUGCAGCUGCAGGGGUCCAGAGUGAAAUACAUGACUCGUCGCAUGGAAACUAUUGGCAACUGCAUAACGAACGAUAAGCACCAGCCUGCAGAAGUACUUCGGAAAUCAAAGCUGUAUGCCUGCAGGAAGGGAGCCUCGGCCAUAUUCUAUCGGGCCCUUCUCGUCUCUGGCGUGCGAACAGUGGACGACAAAGUGCUCGUGAGACUUGUUGAUACUGGGGAGGAGACUUUCGUGUACGCUGCAUACCUUUUUGAGCUGGUGGUCUUUGGGGAGACCAUCAUGAGCUUCCCACACCAGGCUAUCCUCUGUCGCCUGGCAGACGUCGCACCUGAUUUUUGGACACCAAAGACAAUAUUUCUUCUGGAAGAAAUGAUUCCUGUGGGCCUUGAUGUGCUGCUGAAGGUUGUCACGCCAGGAAUGAACGGCUCAGAGCCCCUGGUGUCCAUAUUUAAACGCGUCGGGUCAAGCAAUGAACUUAUCUCCGUCAAUGCUACAUUGACAUUGUCUUCUGAGUUUUCAAGACAACCAGAAAAAAAGACCCGGCGACCAUUUCAGUGGCCUCCAAUCUCGAGAACUGCUCUCCAGAAAGCAGCGGAAGCAAAAUCGGCCGAGAAGAAGGAACUUCUCACAAAGACUUUUAAUGUGGAGAACGCUGAGCAGCAAGCGACCAAGGUGGUUACUAAUGGUGCUGCUGGAGACACCUUCAUGGCAUCACUAGCUAAGACAUUGAUUGGGACGUGUGGGGCGAAAGGUGCUGGCCCAGAUAUCUCCGGCACUGCCUCGCAGUUGUAUGAUCUCAAGGGAGACCUGCUGGUGCCACCCAUACUGGAUGAGGAAAGCUUGAAGGGCAAGCCCCUUCCAGUGCCUCAGCUCCCCACCCCUGUGUAUUUCCUGGAUGUCAAGGUUACGGAUGCUGCCAAUCCACAGAGCUUCACGCUUCAGUUGGUGGACAAGAGGGGACAGCUGGAGGCCCUGAUGUCGGAAAUGCAAAGUUAUUAUGCUGGAGAGGGUUCCACCACUUUCCCUAGGGGCCUGCCUGAGGCGCUGCUCCGCAAAAGCCACUACUACGCAGGUUAUCAUUCGGACAAGAUUUGGUACCGUGUGCUGGUGCAAAAGGUGUGCGAGUUAGUGCCCGCCGCUCUCUUGUAUGAACACGCUCUCAGUCCGCAGUUUAGUCGUACCAAUACUCAUUCUGCAAUCGUUCAUUGCAGCUCUAAAGUGAGCGCCGAGACGCUGUACGGUUGCAUCGAGAAAGUGUUGCUGGCGUCGCAGCAGAAGCCCCGCCACUUCGUCGAGACAGUGGACCUGCAGGUCGCGCUCAAGAAGUACAACGCCAAAAGGGGCAAGCGUUUGGAGGGCAGCGUCAGGCUGCCUCACAAACCGCUGAAGAAGUUCCAGGUAUGCGUCCUCGGAGAUGACGUUCACUGUGUUGAGGCCAAAGAAAACGAGCUCGACUGCAUUGACCUUGCAAGCCUGAAGAAUUUGAGCAAAAAAGCGAAGCCGGCAAAAAAACUUGUCAAGAAGUAUCGUGGCUUCAUGGCGUCUGAGUCGGUGAUAAACAGGAUUCCACGUUCGUUGGGCCCUCGUCUGCACAGGAUGCGAAAGUUCCCCACGCUUUUGACCCACGAGGAUUCGAUGCUGGCCAAGCUUGAUGAAGUCCGGGCCACAAUCAAGUUCAACGUGAAGAAGGCACCGUUCAUUGGAGUUCCUGUUGGGAACGUCAAGAUGAGCCCAGAUAUUCUGGCCGAGAACAUCAACUUUGCCGUCGACCACAUAGUACCUCUUCUGAAGAGAGACUGGCAGAACGUUCGUUCUUUGCACAUCAAGUCCACCAUGGGUCCCCCCCAGAAACUGUACUGAGUCCUUUUUCCGUGUCAAGCAUAACCUAAAUUCCUAUCAAUAAAUGUUGUACACCUUAUAAGA